GUUGGGAUGGAGAGGUUGUGAGUGACCAUUUGCUGCUGAUUGUGGAUUGAAAUGUGUGGGCUCUGUCUGUGUAAGGGCUGCAGAGAAAGUGAGCGAUUGCAUAAGGUUUUAACAGAAGAAAAUGCAAAUAGCUACGAAGACAUGGGAUCAGCUUGCAAAAACCUUUAGGUGUUUUUAAACAACAUUAUUGAAAAACUGCUGUUAGCACUGGAACACUGCUGUUCCUUACAUUUAUGAUUUUUAAAAUAUUGUUGAACAGUAACUUCCUUCUGCUAUGAAUGAAAUUACAGAGUCAGCUCCUGACCCCAAUAAAGAUGACCUUCCUCUCAUGGCAAAUGUUGGCUCCAUCUUAGUCAGGCACUAUGUGUUGGAUCUGACAGUGAACUUUGAUAGAAAAGUCAUCAGUGGCACCAUUGUUCUGUAUCUAGAAAUCAACAAAACAUACGGAAAAAUAUAUGAUUCUGUGGGAACAGGUUGUUGUCCUUACUCGCAGGCGUUAUUUGAAACUGAGCAACCCGGAUCUUCAUGCAAUUCCACUGCAAGUAUUGCUGCUUCUGCAUCUGUGGAUAAGAUAUACAAUCUAUCUAAGCAUAGUGGUGGCAGAGUUACUAAUGUUAACAAUUGUAACCAUAGCAACACAGAAUGGACUAGUGGGAUUUCUGGUAGAAGGGAACACUGCAGUAAUGGGGAUGAUUUUGUCUUGGUGCUGGAUUGUUGUGAUCUUGUGGUGAAUAAGGUAGAAGAAGUGAAUGUCACUGCUACACCGGGUAUUGAGAGACUGAUUGGAAUAGACACGUCCAUGUCAAAAAAUAAAAUUUAUUCUCAGCGACUGCAGAAUGAUGUGCAGAGUAGGAUUCUGGAUGCUAUUCUUGGUUUAGGAGGAGAAUGCUGGCAGGAACAACAUUGUUUCUAUCUCGAGUGCAGUAAAGCCCCUGGAUGUGGAGAACUGCAGUUCCAGACUGACAGGUGGAGCUUGCAAAUAAAGAAAUUAGGGAUACAAACUCCCAAAGACUUCCCACGUGUAUUGCGAAUCUACUACGAAACAAAGCCGGAGGGUGGUUCGGUUCGGUGGACCAAAGACCAAAGUGGCAGGCCAUGUGUAUAUACGUCAGGAUCUCCAAUCAACAACAGAGCAUUAUUUCCUUGUCAAGAGCCCCCUGAAGCAAUGGCAACGUGGCAGGCCUCUGUUUGGGCCCCAAAAGGAUCUUUGGUUCUAAUGAGCGGUGAAAAUUGUGCUGAACCUAAAUAUAAUGGAGCACUCUCAAAUUGGUUUUAUUAUGUGACCAUGCAUAUGCCAGCAUCUACUUUUACCAUUGCAGUUGGAUACUGGGUUGAAGUUGUAGCUGAAUGCAGUUUUAGAUCCCAGACACUUAAUUCAUCAUCAUCAUCUUCAUCUUCAAACUAUACAAAUAAAAGCAGUGAUUCCCUGCUAUUCUGUGGUCAUCCAGCUUAUCCUUGCCGUUUUCAAAAUUUUAUUGCUCAAGCCCAGAACUGUAUUCCUUACCGUGUCUUUGCACCUGAAUGCCUGAAAGUAAGGAGCCAAGAAGUUCUUCUCCCACUCGUGGCUCAGUGCCUUUCAGCAGCUCAUUGUGUGCUGGGCACUCACCCUUUCUCCAGAGUUGAUGUGUUGAUAGUUCCUGCUAGCUUUUCAAGUCUGGGAAUGGCUAGUCCACACAUCAUCUUCCUAUCACAGUCUGUACUGUCUGGAAAACAAAAUCUCUGUGGAAUUCGACUGUGCCAUGAGAUAGCUCAUGCCUGGUUUGGAUUGGCUAUUGGUGCUCGUGAUUGGACUGAAGAAUGGAUAAGUGAAGGUUUUGCUACGUAUUUAGAGGAUGUGUUUUGGGCGAAUGCACAAAAGCUCUCAGAGGAAGCAGCUAAAGAACAGCAACAAUUGAAGUCCCUGCUGCGAUGGCGAAGGCUCCGAGAUGAAAUUCUGAACUCUGAAGAAGAAUUGCAAGUGCUGAGACCUAACAAACAGAAUACUGGUGCAGUGAGUGACUCUGGGUCAACAAUCGUCAAACAUGGUCUAAAUGCAGGAAAAAGUUUUAUGCAAGUCCAUUAUCUAAAGGGUUAUUUUGUUCUUCAUUAUCUUGAGAACAGAGUUGGACAAAAAGCAUUUCUGAAGUUUUUCAGGCUGUUUGUGGAGAGAUUUCAUGGACAACUGAUACUUUCUCAGGAUUUCCUGCACAUGUUUAUGGAGAACUUUUCAGAACUAAGAAGUCAGGGGUUGUCCAUGGAAGUUAUUUUUGAAAACUGGCUGGAUGUGGCUGGAAUACCAAAGCCUCUUUUGGACGAAACACUGAAAUGGACAGAAAACCGACUGGUCUGUGAAGUGCAGAGUGAGGUUACAAAAUGGAUCAAGAUCAAUAAAAAAGAUCGAAAAGGCUCCUGUAAAAGAAAACGGAGCCAGAAGGAUGAGGUGACAUUCAAAGAACUUUUGCCAGACCAGCUGGUAUUGCUCCUAGAAUUGCUGUUGGAAGUAAAAUCCUUUUCUUUCCGAACACUGCAGUUGCUUCAGAAGCAUUAUUGCCUCCGGGAGCAGGAUGCAGAGGUGCGCCAUCGCUGGUACGAGCUGGUCAUUAAACAUAAACACACAGUUGCAUACAGGGACUUGAUAAAUUUUUUGGAGCAGCAUCAGGCAAUGGGCGUGUAUCUCUAUGGGGAGUUGAUGGUUAAUGAAGAUGCCAAACAGCAACAUCUGGUUCACAGGUGCUUCACCAAGCUUCAAGAAGAGAUGGACCCAUCCUUACAGAAAGUGAUAGCUGAAAUGAUACUCUGACCAAGUGAGAACGAGAAGUAAUUCUUCAUGGGUAUUCAAGCAUAUCUUGGGUGAAAGAUUUGAAUGAAAAGGAAAUCUAACAGUUGUACUGUUGUAAAGAUUUAGGACCAUACAAUUUGUCACUUUACUCCCAUUCUAAACUUAA